UACGUACGUUUUUUCUCCGUGUCUUGGCAGGUGGCGGCAGGAGCCCGGGAGGUCUCGAUCUUUGGGGCGGCUUCAGAGCUUUUCACAAAGAAAAACAUCAACUGCUCCAUAGAGGAAAGUCUGGAAAGGUUUCGCGAUGUUCUGAGCGCAGCGAAAGAAGCCAGCAUCCCAGUCCGAGGGUAUGUGUCCUGUGUCCUGGGCUGCCCGUAUGAAGGGAAGAUUGCACCUUCGAAAGUUGCAGAGGUGUCCAAGAAAAUGUACGCAAUGGGAUGCUAUGAGAUUUCCCUUGGCGACACCAUCGGCGUUGGAACUCCUGGUGACAUGAAGGAGAUGCUUUCUGCCGUCAUGAAGGAGGUGCCGGUUGAAGCGCUGGCCGUCCAUUGCCACGAUACAUACGGGCAGGCGCUUGCCAACACGCUGGUAGCCCUUCAGAUGGGGGUGAGUGUGGUUGAUUCCUCCGUCGCUGGUCUGGGAGGCUGCCCUUACGCACAAGGUGCCUCCGGAAAUGUGGCCACCGAAGACAUGGUAUACAUGCUUCACGGUCUUGGCAUUCACACGGGCGUGGAGCUACCGAAACUCCUUGAAGCAGGCGCGUUUAUCUGCAAGACACUGAACAGGAGGACAAACUCCAAAGUGGCCCAAGCAUUGUGCAAACUCUGACUUGGAUCCGUGCCUUUAUGGAACUUCUCGGGAGCAGAACUGCACUGGCGAUCAGGAAUCUGCCCCGGUGGCACUUGGUUGCCUGGCUACGUCUAAGCACUCGUCAGCGGCCGCGUGAGUGAACCAGCAAGAAGAUGGAAACCUGGUGGUAUCGCUUUGAGAACGACUGUUUUUUCUCUCUCAUUGGAAACACAAAGGAGCAACGUCAUUCCUGGGCAAGCCGUUCUUAAAUCCUGGUUUCGUCUCUUCCUUGCGCCUGGAGCCUCGAACGCGGUUCUGUCGCUGUGGCGACGGCGUUCUCCGAGGCUUUCUCCGGAAUUUUCUUUUAUUUAAGUUAUGGAGGUUUUGGUGGGUCAUGAGGAAAAGCAAUGGAUUUUUGUAUUUGGUUCCCUACUUUUUAUUGGGGGGGGGGCAGGGAUUCCCAGGCUGCAAAAAUAAAAAAAUAAAAAAACACAAACCAGUUAAAGGCAACACUCUCUAGAU